GUGCAAGUCCAUUUUGGUGUCCCACACACGUAGAGCUAGCUGGGUUAGCAGAUAUUGUUAGCACAUAACAAGUAAAGACAAAACCAUAAUGUUUGUUAACAUAGCUGUGUUGUCUUUGAUUUACUUCAUCCCUGUCGAGGGUGAUUUUUUGGGAAUUUACUGUCACAUAUCUAGCAGCUGUAAUUGCGAUUUCAACCCAAACCUUAAAGAUCUGGAAUGGGACCUCUACAAAAACAUCUUUGGACAGCAUCUGGUCCAGGACAUAGUUUCAGAGGAGAUGUCGAGGUUUCUCCAGAAGGAGAGCCCAGACCGACCACUUGUCUUGUCCUUUCAUGGCUCUUCUGGGACGGGCAAGACUCUAGUCAGCUCCAUGUUGGGAGAACACCUCUAUGGCAAAGCCAUGGGCAGCCCUUAUGUCCACCAGUUUGUGCCCACCCUACACUUCCCCUUAGCAGACCGUGUCAAACAGUACAGGGAGGAUCUUAAGAGGUGGGUGGAGGGAAACCUGACCGCCUGCGCUCGCUCUGUAUUCAUCUUUGACGAGAUGGAGAAGAUGCCGCCAGGCCUGGUUGACAUCUUGGAGCCCUUCCUGGGUCCGUCCCACGUGGUGUUCCAAACCAACUACCGCAAAGCCAUCUACGUCUUCAUCAGUACCACCGGGGAUAAAGUGAUUAACCGUCUGGCUGUAGAGGUCCGCCAGGCUGGUAGGGAGCGAGAGGAGAUCAGAUCGAGGGACCUGGAGGACAGCAUCUCCCAGGCCCUGUUCAACAGCACUGGAAGUGGUUUCUACCACUCCAGCAUCAUCAAGGAGAAGCUCAUCACCAGGUACGUGCCCUUCCUUCCGCUAAGCAGACAACACGUGGAGCGCUGUGCCCAUCAGGAGCUGUCUCGGCGGGGCCUGGGCCGUCGCAGUGACGUGGUCGAGGCAGUAGGGGGAGCCAUGCUCUACUCUCCUCAACAGGGCCAGUACUUCUCCACCACAGGCUGCAAGUCUGUCGCUGCCAAAAUCAGCCUCUUCCUUUGAGCCCACUGCAGAGAGAGUCCCCUUCACAGGACCUGCUGAAGAGAUCCUAUUUGGAGGAACUUUUAAGAGACUUGGACUGAAUUUGAAGUCUCUCCGAUGAGUUGAGAGGUUUUCUCCUUCCGCCUAAUGAGACAUGUAAAGGGAAGAGCUAGGCUGCCGUUGCCCAGGCACUUAAUUGGCCAUAGCAGUGUUGGAAUGAGACUGAAUGUCAAUAUCCUGGGCUGGACCCAGAUCACACGCCAUAGGAGAGGUUCUCUGGUCCAAAGACUUAAUAAGGCGAGAUCUUUUCAUAGUACCUCUUGCUCCUCUACCUCAGUGCCAAGUUACCCUUUAAGUCAUGGUGUGACUGGACUGACAGUAUAGAUUAUAAAGAGGUAUUGAAAUCAAGACUUUAACCUUGCUGGCCCUGGUUGAAAAGAGAAUGGUGCCUUAAUCUCUUAAACAUAUUUUGGGUGGAAGGAAGCAGUAACAUCGAAGUAACAUAUUGCUUCAUGCUGUUGUUGUUCUCUCAACGGAGAUGUCUGGAAUGGACGAUUGCAAGAAGAGGAAGUACCAUUUGUCAGUCUGGAGAUCAGGCGAAAAUUAAGGGGUUAGGGUUGAAAAAAGUAUCUUCUUUUUAAGUACAAAAUAUUCAAAAUAGCAGUGUGAAAAGUCUUUAGGCUUGUGAGUUUCUAGAAAUACAUGUUUUUGCUAGAUCAUGUUGUUGCUUUGUGACGACAAAACAUAUUUAAACCAGCAGGUGGCAGUAAAGACUACCUUGGAUAGUAGAGAUGAAGUGAAACAAGUGGGUGCUUUCUAAUUAAUUUCAUUAUUUAUUUAGUUGUAUUUACCAUUUUAACAUUUGGGACACAUUUGGUUUGACUUGCUAAAUCAAGUGUUUGAAUGCCAGUAUUUAUUUCAUAAAACUGUAUGUUUACUAAGGUAUUUUAAUGUAAGGAUAUCCAGGUUUUAGCUCAGAUGUUUUUAGAAAUUGCUGUGGAAGAAGACCAAAUCAAUUCUACGGUUCCAACGUGCAAUAACUACACAGUUGUUUGACAAAACAUUACUGAUUGGUUAUAAAACAUGUCUGUGUAAAUUGAGUUUAAAAGAUGAGUGAUGCAUGCAUACAUCUAAAUAAUGUACUCUACCAAAGGUACAUGUAUGCUCAGCCUAAAAAACGUGAUAGUUAAUUGUUAUCCUGAAAUAGCUACAUUAAACUAACUAUUCUCUGCAGGGUUUUAUACUGUAGAAUACCACAGUAUACUGUAAACAAUAUAGUAUUGUACUGACUUGUGAAAAUAUGGCAUACAUAUUUAAACAAACAUGGUUGUUCCACUGCCAAGGGUACAGAUGGAAUAAAUUACCAGGUAACAUACCGCUCAAAAGUUUGGGGUCACUUAGAAAUGUCCUUGUUUUCCAUGAAAUCACAUUGAGUUUGAAUAGGUAUAGAGCUAAAUGAAAAGGAAAUAGUAAUUGACAUGGUUUUAAAUCAUCUUUUUAAUUGAAAUAAUUGUGUCCUUCAAAACUUUGCUUUCGUCAAAUAAUAAGUUAGGGUAAUCUGAAGAGAUCCCCCCCCCCCCACCACCACCACCACCACGCUUCCUGAAGCAUCUUUCUCAAGUUGGAUUGGCUUGAUGGGCACUUAUGUACCAUACCAUCAGGCUGCUCCCACAACAGCUCAAUAGGGCUGACAUCAGCUGACCUAUCCAUUAUCGACAGAAUACCAGCUGACUGCUUCUUCCCUAAAUAGUUCUUGCAGUUUGGAGCUAUGCUUUGGGUCAUGACUUAUUGUAGGAGAAUGUGGCUCCAAUCAAGCGCCUUCCUUCAUUAAGAUCCCCUUUACAAUUCUCACUGUACCCAAGCACUUCCCAGACCAUCCCUUGGUCAUCACAAGCGGCCAGUUGAGGACCAGUGAGAUGUCUAGGAGGCUACGUCGGUGGGUGCUUCGUUACAGCAGUCCUGUGUCUGUUUCUCAAACCAGACACGCUAAAGUGUUUGUCCUCUUGCUCAUUUUGGCUUCAUGAUCCAGGCAUACCACUCCUCUGUCUGCUCUGGUGUGAGCCUGUUUGUGCCGUUCUGUGAAGGGAGUAGAACACAGUGUCGUAUGAGAGCCUCAGUUUCUAGAAAAUUCCUUGUAUUUUUCACAAAAAGAAUAGCCUGAUGAGUUCCAGAACGCUCUUUUCUUGCCAUUCCGAGCCUGUAAUCGAACCCACAACUGCUGACACGCCAGACACUCAAGUAGUCUAAAGAAGGCCGGUUUUAUUGCUUCUUUAAUCAGCACAACACUUUUCAGCUGUGCUAACAUAAUUGCAAAAGGGUUUUCUAAUGAUCAAUUAGCCAUUUCAAAUGAUAAACUUGGAUUAGCAAACGCAAUGUGCCACUGGAACACAGAACUGAUAGUUGGUGAUAAUGGGUUACGGUUCUGUAAUGUAGAUACUCCAUUAAGAAUCAGAUUUUUCCCGUCCGUAUAAAAUAUUCCUUGACAACAUUAACAAAGUCCACACUGUCAAUUUGAUGUUAUUUUAAUGACCUUUUCUUUGAAAAACAAUUUCUUAGUGACCCCACACUUUUUAACGGUAGUGUACAUUGUGUUUUGCACCAUUAUAAACUUGAAUUGACUCUGAACUGUUAACUGAGGUAAAUAUCCAAUGUCCCACUUUCCUGUAAAAUAUGAGAUUGAGCUUAUACAUGAACUUUGAAGACUGUCAGUCUACAAAAUCUGCAUUCCUGAGCUUAAUUCCAUGUAUUUGAUGUUCUGUAAUAAUUUCAGUCUCAGUUUUUCUCCCUGUUCCACAUGAAGUGCCUCAUAACCAUGGUGAUAAUGGGCCUGUGUUAGGUUGAACACAGGGGCCACAGUGACUCUGUGCCAAACUCGUUCUGGAACCAACAAACAAGUUCCGUCCUUGUCACUGAAAAUAAACAUCCA